AUGGAAGCGACGCUCUGCAACCCGGUCCUGCUUCAGCUCAUCACUGCGUACCAGCACGGCUGGUGGUACGACAGCCUCGUCUUUCGCGACGACGCGCUCAUCUUUGCGUCGUCCAACCUCCACGAGGAGGUUGCUGCAUUUCGCGACCGGUUCGCACCAUGGCUAGCGCGUCAUGGCCUCGACGGCGCCAUUGGCCUCAUGCAGCUGUACUCGCCGCUCGCUCCGUGCAUUGCGCUGCAUGCGGCGGCGACCGGCGACCGUCCAUUGUGCGCUGCUGCCAUAGCGACCAGUCCCGACGCUAGGUCCUGGAUCGCACUCUCAAGCAACGUGGCGCCGCACCCAGGCGAAUCACUGCAGUUGCGUGUGUCAGGAUGA